AUGGACAGCAACGCUGAGGCUCGUACUUUCUACUCUUACGCCAUCCAGAGGCUGCCAGGGGUGAUGCGGUCAGGAAAGCCUCCAUCAGUCAUCAGAGUUGCCCCUAGCAACAGCACAGAGGAUCCCUGGAGACCAUUCAACAGUUCCAGGGUGUACAUGUUGGACCUGGAGUCGACGCUGCACUACUCCCUACGUGUGGAGGUGGCAACUAACACCAUCAUUAGAGGAGAGGCCCUGAUUUCUCUCAAGCAGUAUGUCGCUGUCUUGGCUAAGGGUCAGCUGGGAUUGGAUCCAGACCUCUGCCUGGAUAAGCGAUAUUGAUGAUGAAUGGAUGGAUUGUUUAAGUUAUGAAUAUAAAAACAGGUGAACAUUUCUAAGUAGAAUGGCACUCAUGGAGCACCUACCAUUUCCAAGGCCCAAAAGCUUUUUGGAUUGUUUAAAAUUCAUUAGAACUGGAUUUGAAUUUGGAUCUGCAUACACUCAAAAAAUAAAUCCCCUAAAUAUG